CUAUUUAUUAAUUGAUUUAGCUUUUGCUUUUUCUCCUCAAAAAAGGGGAAAUUUAUUUCAUAUGAUAAUAGCUGGUCUCUGUGGGCACGUAGCCCAAGAACUUUGACAUACGCUCCGAUAAAGGAGGGAGAGAGACACGAGGAAGAGGAAGAGGAAGAGGAAGAUGAGAAGACAAUAUUAUCCUCCUAAAUUCUCUCUCUUUUCUCUUCUUCUUUCGUAGGAUUAUCAACAUCUUCCUUUUCUCCCUCCGGAAAAUCCCGCCGUUUCUUACAUUUUCCUCUGUUUUUUUCCCGGGAAACAGAAGGAAAAUUUCAUUUUUUUUCUUUUUUUUCCCGGAAGGAGAGAUCUUUGUGAAUUAGGGCUUCAUUGUUGUGGUUAAUUCAAUUGGAGAAUGCAACAAAGGUUACUGCUUUUAUUAGAUUCUAAAGCUAGGGUUUUUGGGAACGUGCUUAAUCUGUCUCUGUCUCAGCAUUUGAGAUUGGUUUUUUUGGGUAUAACCUAUUAUGGAUUCAGAAUUGAGAUUUCCUUCAAGAGAUGUUGUGAAUUGCUGUGAAUUUGGUUGUGAUUAUUCACUUGGGGCAUGUUCUUCAGAUCCUUGGGCUAGGACGGUGAAAAGAAAGUUCAACGAAUUCAAAGAAGGGAACAUUAUGUUGUUACGAGGUUCUUCUGAUUCAUCUUCAAACGCUAAGAUACUAGUUGAGAAUGAAUGUGCAGCUUUACUUGAGGCUCUUUCUAGCCAAAGGAAAACAGUUAAAGAUCUUCAUUUAGAGCUUGAAGAGGAGAGAAAUGCUGCUGCAUCUGCAGCGAAUGAGACUAUGUCGAUGAUACUUAGGUUGCAGAGAGAAAAGGCUGAGAUUCAGAUGGAAGCUCGGCAAUUCAAAGUGUUUGCUGAGGAGAAAAUGACGCAUGACCAAGAAAAGCUCUCGGUUUUGGAGAAUUUGUUGUAUGAGAAAGAACAAGCUAUUGAGGCCUUGACUUAUGAGGUCGAAGCAUACAAGCAUAGAUUGUUGAGCUAUGGAGUCUCUGAAGCUGAGAUACAUGAUCAGAUACUUGGUUUUGGCAGAGACUCGAGCACGGUUGGUUUUGAUGUUUACCCGUGCGAGUAUACUUCUUUGCAAUGUAGUGUGGAUGAGAACCCGUGUGAACCAGAUGGUAAUGUUGAUAUUGAAGAAAAGGUGAUAGUUGGUCAGUCUCCAAGAUGGCCAUAUUAUGAUCCCAAUUCGCCUUUAGGAACUGCAAAAGAUAUAAAGGGGACAUCUUUCGCAGACUCUCCUAUGUCUAGUAGUAGCGACAGAGUUUAUACUAUCGACUCAAUCCAUGUGGGAGUUUCUGAAGUUAAGAUUGACGACGAGCCUAAUAAGAUGAGUAAGGGAAAGUUAAAUGGUGAUCUCUGGAACUCUCCGAGAUACCAAGAACCGUUCACGACUCAGCAAGGAGUUAACGAGCCAGAUAUAGAGAAGCUUUACACAAGGCUUCAAGCACUUGAAGCAGACAGGGAAUCGUUGAGACAGAUCAUUGUGUCGAUGCGGACAGACAAAGCUCAGUUGGUGUUGCUCAAAGAAAUCGCACAGCAUUUAACAAAGGAAACUGGCACAACAGGCAGGCGACACCCGGUUAGCAAAAUGUCAUCUUUUAAAGGAUUCUCUGUAGUAACGGUCUUCAAGUGGAUUGUGUCUUUCGUUUCGUGGAAAAGGAAAGCCAGGCAAAACAAGUAUGUUUAUGAAUUGUCAGCAAAUAAUAUGGGGAUGCUUAUGAUUCUAGGCGAGGGAUCUGGAACUAGGAGAUGGAGAUGUUUAACGAGUUCACAUGUCUAGAUUUCCAUUUUUUUAUGAAGUUUCUUUGGCGUAGUUAGUGCAACACAAAUGUACAUUGCUCUGCACUUCAAUCAAUUAUGUAUGGAUGGUUCAGAAUCUGGUUGAAUAUGAUAAAAAAAUUCCUUUUCU